GGCGGCAAGCACACGGAAUUACAUAACACAUGAGUUCGGCGUACAGCGGCUCCGUGCGUCGCCUGCUGGACAGUUGGCCCGGAAAGAGGCGCUUCGGCGUGUACCGCUUCCUGCCGCUCUUCUUCCUGCUGGGCGCCGGCCUGGAGUUCUCCAUGAUCAAGUGGACGGUGGGCGAGACGAAUUUCUAUCGCACUUUCAAGCGUCGCCAGGCCAAGAACUACGUGGAGGAGCAGCAGCAUCUGCAGGCGCGCAACGCAGGCAGCUCAAACUAGUUAAAAACAUGCCCGCCGGCGUCUCGUGGGG